CCGAGGCCCGCCGCCCACACCCCGCGGUGGCGGAAGGGGGCGGGGCCCGACUGCCCGUCUGUUCCUGCUGGAGGACAAUAAAGUUUCCAAAGUUUGAAAAGGGAGGAAAAAACCCUUCCCCGCCCCUUUGGCGGGGCGGGUGUGGGCGCCCGCGGCGGCGGCAGAGCCCGGCGCGGGCGUGCGGGGAUGGGGGUCACGGUGGACGUGCGCCAGGUGUACAAGUACCCCUUCGAGCAGGUGGUCGCCAGCUUUCUCCGCAAGUAUCCCAACCCCAUGGAUAAAAAUGUCAUCUCUGUGAAAACCGUGGAGGAAAAGAGAGAUGUGUCAACAGGGAUCAUCUAUAGAAAGAGGAUUGCAGUCUGUCAGAAUGUGGUUCCAGAAAUUUUAAGGAAGGUGAGCAUUUUAAAGGUACCUAGUAUCCAAUUGGAAGAGGAAUCCUGGCUCAAUCCUCAGGAGAGAAACAUGGCUAUUCGGAGUCACUGCCUUACGUGGACACAAUAUGCAUCCAUGAAGGAAGAGUCUGUCUUCCGGGAAAGUAUGGAAAAUCCAAAUUGGACGGAGUUUAUUCAGAGAGGCAGGAUUUCAAUUACAGGGGCUGGCUUUCUCAACUGCAUUCUGGAAACUUUUGCCAGCACAUUCUUAAGACAGGGUGCCCAGAAGGGGACCUGUGUUGUGCUACUUUUGCUCGAGAAUCACUUCUUGGCCAGAACCCAUCACUGAUGCAGUUUUCCAAAAACGGGCUUAAGGAGACAGUGUCAGCCGCUUAAAGAAGAGGAGACCUUCCUGCCAGGGUGUGAAGCUCUUGGACAGGAGGCCUUCUAGAUGGAUUUUUAUGGCACAGUGUCUUUAUGAUUUACAAAUAAAGGAAAAAACCCAUA